UCUCCGUUUAACGGAAGGAAGAGAAAAAAAGAAGAAAAACUGCUCAGUAUUACCAAACAAAGAAGGCGAAGUUCGAGAGUCGAGAGUAUUCCUUUGGAUUCCUUGGCUUUCAUCUAAUAAAGUGCCGUUACAUUCGUGAUUUUCGGGACUUUGUUGUUGUGAGAUUUGGUUGAGUUUUUCUUUCUUUUUCCCCCUUUUGUUUGAGUUUUUCCUUGGAUUACCACUUUUAUCCCUCUUAAUGAAUCCAAAAAGGUUGGUGAGUCUCUGUUGUUGUUUCGGUUGCUAUCUUUGUUGUUGUGAGAUUUGGUUGGUUCUAAUGUGGAUUCGGUAGUGCUGGUGUUAGAGAUCUUUGCGUAAUCCUUGGCAGGUCACUGACUUUCUACUGAUAAAUUGCCAUUUAGACUCUUAGAGACUUGGCGAUUUCUUCAUGCUUGGGGAACCAAAAAUAAAUUGUAGAGUCCUAUAUGAUUGUUCAUAUCCGUAGAACAGGAAAAUACUAUUACUAGCAGACUGGUUACAGAAAGAUUCUUUUCCUAAGUGAAGGAAACCCAAUAUAUCAUUUUUUGUCUGAUUGAUACGUUUGAGGGCCUGAUAGGGUGUCUUAUUUUAUUUCAUUUUAUUUAUUGUGUUGUUUGGUGGGUUUGCAAAACUUCCUAUUCAAUUUGUGAGUGGUGUGAAAGGAGGUCUUUUUCUUCCAAUCUUUUCUUUUUCCUUUUUCUUUUGUUGUUUUUCCUUUUCUUCCAACCCUCCUGUUUUGAGUGUUGGAGAGAAAAUCUACUUAAACUUGUGGAGAUCUGGGACUUGUUUUCGUUCUUAUGCCCCAUGAAGAAUCCAUUUCUCUCUGAAUCCUGCAAAGAAGCACAAAUACAUGCUCUCAAUCCACAGUCAUGGCUUCAAGUUGAAAGAGGGAAAGUAUCCAAAUUCUCCACACAUUCCUCGUCUUCUAUAGAAUCUUUUAUCAAAGUUUCCGAGCCACCCAUUAUCCCAUUCUUUAAGCCUAUCGAUUAUGUUGAAGUCCUAGCUCAAAUUCAUGAAGAACUUGAGUUUUGUCCUCCCAGUGAGAGGUCGAACCUUUACUUGCUACAGUUUCAGGUCUUUAGGGGCCUUGGUGAAGUCAAAUUGCUACGCCGGAGUCUCCGUUCAGCAUGGCAAAAUGCCAGCACGGUUCAUGAGAAACUCAUCUUCGGGGCAUGGUUGAAGUAUGAGAAGCAGGGUGAAGAGCUUAUUGCUGAUUUGCUUGCUUCAUGCGGGAAAUGCGUACAGGAGUUUGUCCCAUUAGACAUUUCCUCUCAGCUUCCCGCUGAUUUAUUUGUAAAUGCCCUUGAAACAAUUGAAACUGUUCGAACUCAUGUUUCCAGUACUGUCUUCUUCCAUAUUGGAGAAGAGAAGAUAGCUUGUGAUAGGCAGAAGAUUGCAGCUCUAUCAGCUCCAUUCUAUUCUAUGCUUAAUGGGUGUUUCAUGGAAUCACUUAAAGAAGACAUUGAUUUAUCCGAGAAUGGUAUCUCCCUUUCUAGCAUGAGGGCAAUUAAUGAGUUUAGCAGGACAGGCAGUCUAGAAGGAGUUUCUCCUAGUAUCGUGUUGGAAAUAUUAAUAUUUGCCAACAAAUUUUGUUGCGAAAGACUUAAAGAUGCCUGUGAUCGGAAACUUGCAUCUUUGGUUUCCUCAAGACAAGAUGCGGUUGACCUCAUGGAAUAUGCACUUGAGGAGAGCUCCCCAGUCCUUGCAGCUUCAUGUUUGCAAGUAUUUCUGCAUCAACUUCCUGACUGUUUGAACGAUGAUAGGGUGAUUAAGAUAUUCAGCAAUACUAAUAAGAAGCAUAGAUCAAUCAUGGUUGGACCUGCUUCAUUCUCUCUCUAUUGUUUAUUAAGUGAAGUAGCCAUGAACCGUGAUCCCCGGUCAGAUAUAACAGCCUGUUUCCUUGAACAGUUGGUUGAGUCUGCAGUAACUAAUAGGCAGAGACAGUUAGCCUUUCAUCAAUUGGGAUGCGUGAGGCUUCUAAGGAAAGAGUACGAUAAAGCUGAACAACUUUUUUAUGCAGCAUUCAAUGAGGGCCAUGCCUAUUCUGUUGCAGGCUUAGCUAGGCUGGGUUUCCUCAAGGACUAUAAACUAUGGUCGUAUGAGAAGCUCAGCUCUGUAAUAUCUUCACACACCCCUCUUGGGUGGAUGUAUCAAGAGAGGUCGCUAUACUGUGAAGGUGACAAAAAGUGGGAAGACCUUGAGAAGGCAACAGAGUUGGACCCAACACUAAACUAUCCAUACAUGUAUCGGGCUGCGUCCUUGAUGAGGAGGCAAAAUGUUCAAGCUGCUCUAGGGGAAAUCAAUCGCAUUCUUGGGUUCAAGAUAGCAUUGGAAUGCUUGGAACUCCGGUUCUGUUUCUAUCUGGCACUUGAGAAUUAUCAAUCAGCCUUACGUGAUGUUCAGGCAAUUCUUACACUCUCUCCAGAAUAUAGGAUGUUUGAGGGACAAGUGGCAGCUUGGCAACUCCGUACCCUUGUACGUGCACAUGUAGAAAACUGGACUACGGCAGAUUGUUGGCUGCAGUUGUAUGAUCGAUGGUCUUCAGUUGAUGAUAUUGGGUCUCUCUCGGUUAUCUAUCAGAUGCUUGAAUCUGAUGCAGCAAAAGGUGUGCUAUACUUCAGACAGUCUUUGCUUCUCCUUAGAUUGAACUGUCCAGAUGCUGCUAUGAGAAGCCUACAAUUGGCACACCAGCAUGCAUCAAGUGAACAUGAGCGUUUGGUUUACGAGGGAUGGAUCUUAUAUGAUAUGGGUCAUUGUGAAGAAGGGCUUCGCAAAGCAGAAGAGUCAAUUCAUCUUAAAAGAUCUUUUGAGGCCUAUUUCCUGAAAGCCUAUGUGUUGGCAGACUCUAGCCAAGACCCAUCAUGCUCUUCAACUGUUGUCUCAUUUCUAGAAGAUGCAUUGAAGUGUCCCUCAGAUAGGCUUCGCAAAGGACAGGCCCUGAACAAUCUUGGCAGUGUGUAUGUAGACUGUGGAAAGCUGGAUUUGGCAGCUGAUUGCUAUAUCAAUGCACUUAAGAUUCGGCAUACCCGAGCACACCAAGGCCUUGCCAGGGUCCAUUACCUUAGGAAUGACCGGAAUGCUGCAUAUGAGGAAAUGACAAAACUGAUUGAGAAGGCUCAAAACAAUGCAUCGGCAUAUGAGAAGAGGUCUGAAUACUGCGACCGUGAACUCACAAAGGCAGAUCUGGAGAUGGUCACUCGAUUAGAUCCACUCCGAGUCUAUCCUUAUAGAUAUCGAGCUGCAGUGCUGAUGGACAACCACAAGGAAAAAGAGGCAAUCGCAGAACUAUCGAGGGCAAUCGCAUUCAAGGCCGACCUUCACCUUCUACACCUGCGGGCGGCAUUCCACGAGCACAUCGGAGACGUGUCCGGUGCCCUGCGUGACUGCCGAGCUUCUCUCUCUUUGGACCCCAACCAUCAAGAAAUGCUGGAGCUCCACAGCCGUGUAAACAGCCAAGAACCCUGAUUAUCAUAUAGUGAAAAGCAAUUGUAAACUACUUAGAUUAUAGAUUAGAUAUAGCCUGUAAUCAGGAUAUCCAUUAAUUUAAUUGUCUAAAUAUCCAAACUUUGCCCUUUCACGAAAUUUUUAUAACGUGAAAGGAGAAAUUUGUUAAAAUUUGUGACAGAUCCGUUGAUUCCGAAGCUGGGUCAUCUUCUGAACUUGUCCUAUUCUCUGCAACAGAUGUGACCUGUGGGUGUGGGCCCAAGUCCACUCAACUGAAGUUUCUUACUUUUAUCAAGGAUGAUUGUUAUGUUGUGUUUAGGUUUCUUUUGUGUUUGA